CCUGUUUCAACCAACCACGCUGAUCCACCAGGGGGGUAACCGGCCAAUCACAAAGCUGCUCAGACACUCUGGAUGGCAACACUUCCUGACAACUCUGUAUGGUGGGUGAAGGGUGGGGGAGGGAUUAAAACACAAGAGAGACACAUGAUAUUUUAUCUCUUCCUAGCCAUGGAUAGGUCUAUAGCCCCGACUUCAACACAAAGGGUAACAAGUGCUUCAACUCUGUGUGUAGGGGCCAACUUAAAACUACAGAGUGACAUCAUGCUCUCUCUCUAGCCAAGAUAACCUACUCUAGUCCUUCUGGGAGGAGGGUGUCUGGAUUUGGCACAGUUUGUAUUUUGCCCUGUUCUCAUGACUAAGGAAGGAUAGCAUGCAUUCAUGCGUAGGAUCCUUAUCAAGCUGAUACACUGAAGACUUCAAACACACAAAGAACAGAAUUGGGGUUUGUUGUAUCUCUGUGCCCAAGCACCUCCUACUAACUAGACACUCCUACAGCUUUUAAAGGGGAAUAGACUCCAGAAUCAGAAUCUUUUCUGACGUGUUGUGUUCCGUAACAGAGGGUUCACAGCUGGUGUGCCGGUUACCCAAAGUGAUACAGUAAUACACAUCUACUACAGUACAGUAGGGAGAGAUGGAGUAUUAACACAUAUCACUUUGACUCUGAUGUACAUGUAUGUUCCUAAUGAUCUUCCUGUUUACUUUAUGUAUUUGCCUGUGAGUGAACGUGUGUGUGAGGUUUCCAACUUCUAACCAGUGACACAGCUAAAUUGCAGUAAACCUUGAUGCGUAGAUGUGUUAUAUGAUUGGACAUGUUCUGAAUGACUGACAUAAGAUAACAUAUGUUAUGCUAUGUUAUUUAUGUUAUGGCCCUGCCCUGUCCUGGGUGUGGCGUACAUGCAGGAUCCCGGUAAACCUAGCCGUGUUGAAGCUCAAUGAGCAGGCCGUCUUAGACAAACUAAAGAACAAAUGGUGGUACGAUAAAGGAGAGUGUGGCAGCAACGACUCCGGACGCAAGGAUAAGACGAGUGCGUUGAGCCUGAGCAACGUGGCCGGAGUGUUCUACAUUCUGAUUGGAGGACUGGGCCUGGCCAUGCUGGUGGCGUUGGUGGAGUUCUGCUACAAGUCACGAACCGAGUCUCAGAGAAUGAAGGUGUCCACCACGCGAGCCGCCGCCGCCGCAUCUGCCGCCGCAUCCCCCGCUCAGACCUUUCAGUGCUCAGCCUUAGACACAGGGGGCGCUACCGCUCCUUACACAGAGCUGCAGAGCUACGGCCUGUACUCCAACAACACUGUUAAGAUAUAGGAGAGAGAGAGAACAGAGGACAYGGGCAGAACAUCAACGAUGCCAUGCACUGCUCCACCAUGACCAGAAUGAGUGGGAACGGGAACGGGAACGGGAACGGGGGAGGAGGAGG